UGCUGUUCAAAUUAUAAUAAUGUAAAUCAAUUCUCCCUUUCAAGUGUACUUGUUUUAAGUAAUAAUGUAAAGAUUUUGGAAUGUAGCCUACUUAUUGUUAUAUAUAUAGUUACGACAUUCAAUAUUGCUUUUGACACAUCUAACUAAAUUUUUGUUUCAGGUGAACAAGCGAAUCCUGACGUACCAAAGGUUAAAGUGCUGUCGUAUCCUAGGUACUGUAGAUAUAGAACAAUGUUAAAGAGGAUAGAAGAAACAUCAGAUUCUUGGUUGAAAAAUGCACUGGUGAUAGCAUUAGGUGGAUUUACAUUAACGUCACAUAACACUUUCAUCCUUUUCUGCCGCGAUACUUUUGAUCACGAUGCUCUGUUACAAAAUGAUCUCAACUGUGAUCACUUAGCUCCAAAUUUAAAAGGAAGGCCACGAAAGAAGCAAAUCAAAACGAAACGGAGCGCAUCACCAGAUUCUGAAUCGAACACUUCCGAAGAAAAUAGAGAAGUCAGUAUAAAAGUAAAAAUAAAUCUGAAGAAUGGGUUAAAGAAACCUUCAUGCAAAGAUGAACAAGAAUUCCUGCAAACUCUCUUCAAAUUCAUGAAGAAUAGGAAUACACCUAUUCAUCGUGUUCCUCAUUUAGGAUUUAAACAGAUUGAUCUCUAUUUCUUCUAUAUGUAUGCACAGAAGCUGGGUGGUUAUGAAAAGAUUACCUAUAAAAAAUUAUGGAAGCAUGUUUAUGAUGAAUUGGGUGGAAAUCCAGGAAGCACUAGUGCAGCAACUUGUACAAGACGUCAUUAUGAGAGACUAUUGCUACCAUUUGAGCGUUACAUGAGAGGAAAUCAAGGAAAAAAAUUUUCGUUACCUCCACCAGCAACAUGUGCAAAGAAAGAAAAAUUAAAAAUGAAAGAGAGAAUACAAACGGAUAAAAUAUUACGAAUGAAUAGUGAAACUCAAGAAAAUUAUGACAGUACUGAUGAGAGUCAAGAAGAAAGGCAUGAUGAUAACAAUCUAGUCAUUGAUUUAGAAAAGAAUGGAAACGCUCAUAAGGACAACAUCAAAUUUAAAGUAAAAGAUCUCAAGUGCUUUAAAAAAGACUGGAAAGGUUUGCAUAGAAGUCUCCUUCCAAGCAAGUUAAUUAAAAAGGAAAAACUAGAAAAUGAAUUUAAAUGGAAUGAGAAGAAAAAGAAGAGCAUUACUCAAUCAUGGUGUAACAGCAGUGUGGAGUUUCAAGGUUGCUAG